AUGGCUAAUCUUCUUGUGAUCACUAAUAUUCUUUUCUUCACCUCAUUUUUCCUAGCCACAACAAACACCAUUAACGCCCUAGCCCCCGAACGCGCCACGUCAACAUGGUUCCAUGUCAUCGAUCGGUCGGGUGGCGAGGUCUCGGCCAAGAUCCACUUCUACGUGCAAGACGUCCUCGGCGGCGAAAACCAGACUGUGUAUGAGGUUGCCCGAGCCUCGAUCACGUCGACCUCUCCCACGGGCUUCGGGCAGGUCCGCGCACUUGACGACCUUCUGACGGCCCUACCUGACCCGACCUCGGAGGAGGUCGGGCGGAUCCAGGGUUUGAUCACGUCCGCUGACCUGGCGCAGACGGCACUUGCCAUGAACCUCAACUUCUACUUCACCUCCGGGGAAAUCGCGGGUAGCACGAUCUGCAUGCUCGGGCGGAAUCAGAUAGACGACCCGACGCGCGAGCUGGCGGUGGUCGGGGGCACGGGGGUUUUUCGAUUCGCGCGCGGUUACGCGAUCACGAGGCUAUAUUCGUACGACGUGGAGACGAACCACGGCGUGCUCGAGUACACGUUGUACGUGAGGUACCCGGACGAACCGUCGGGCUGGGGGGCGAUCGAGAGUGAGUGA